CAAACCAUCCAGAUUUCUCCAACAGUAUAUUUUUAUUAAUUAACUGUGAAUUUCAAGACUAGAUUAAGAGAAAAUGGCAUCAAUGGCAGCAACAGCAAGCUCCACCACAGUUGUUAGAGCAACCCCAUUUUUGGGCCAAACCAAGAAUGCUAACCCUCUUAGAGAUGUUGUUCCCAUGGGCUCUGCCAAAUUCACCAUGGGUAAUGACUUAUGGUAUGGACCCGACCGUGUCAAGUACUUGGGACCCUUUUCAGCUCAAACUCCUUCGUACUUGACUGGUGAAUUCCCUGGUGAUUACGGAUGGGACACUGCUGGUUUAUCCGCUGAUCCUGAGGCUUUUGCCAAGAACAGAGCUCUUGAGGUUAUCCAUGGUAGAUGGGCAAUGCUUGGAGCACUAGGUUGCAUCACCCCAGAAGUUCUUGAAAAAUGGGUGAAAGUGGACUUCAAAGAACCAGUAUGGUUCAAAGCAGGAGCUCAAAUCUUCAGCGAAGGGGGACUUGACUACUUAGGCAACCCUAACCUUGUGCAUGCUCAGAGUAUUCUAGCUGUGCUAGGUUUUCAAGUUGUGCUCAUGGGACUUGUUGAAGGUUUUAGAAUUAAUGGACUUCCUGGAGUCGGAGAAGGCAACAACUUAUACCCUGGUGGUCAAUAUUUUGACCCACUUGGCCUAGCUGAUGACCCGACAACUUUUGCCGAGCUCAAGGUGAAGGAGAUCAAGAACGGAAGAUUGGCUAUGUUCUCCAUGUUCGGAUUCUUUGUUCAAGCUAUUGUCACCGGAAAAGGCCCUCUUGAGAACCUAUUGGAUCACCUUGACAACCCUGUUGCUAACAAUGCUUGGGUUUAUGCUACAAAGUUUGUUCCUGGAGCUUAAGAUGAUUAUGUCUUAUGUUUCAAUUCUAGUGUUUUGUGUAACUGUAUCUUCAGAAAAUGCAAAUAUGUUGUAGAUGAAAUUAUUUUUAGUUUAAUUGUUAUACAUUAAUGGUCGAAUAGUUUUUCACACUA